UUAGCACCACUUACCUUCCAGAUGGCAGGUUCAGCAAGGAAGAGAACCGGUGGCGGUCAAAAAGGAGCGGAGAAACAAGAAAAUGGAAGCUCAAAGGGAGCAAAUGAUGACAGGAAUCGUAAACCUGCUCCGUCUGUCAAAUCAAGCAAGGGCUACACCAGGAUACUUUUGAAAGCAUUCUUUGGUCUUGCAGCUUUAAUCAGUCUCGCUCUUGCAGUAUUGCCAUACUUUGCACAUGAUGGGAUACAGGAACGGGGAUCGAUCGAUCGAUUCAAAUCACUCAUUUUCGGGUCUGAGACACUUCACAACAAUGCUCAAUCAGCUAACGUAAAGGGAAAAGGCAAGCAAGUCAAAGAGAGCACUUCAGACCCAUCACCUGAACAAUCAAGUCCAGAAGAGAAUCUUGGAGCAUACCUCCGUCCAUCACUCCCAUUUGAGAUCGAUAGAAAAGACGACCCCGAAGCAAUUGUCAGAGAUGCCGACACAGAAAGACGCGAAGCAGUGAGAGUUGCUUUUCAAGAUAGCUGGUUAUCGUAUGUAGAAGACGCUUUUGGAUCAGAUGAAUAUCAUCCUAUAUCAAGAAAGGGAACAAAUUUCAGCGCUGAUGGUGGUGUUGGAUAUUUCAUCGUGGAUAUAAUCGAUAUGCUUUUGAUUACAGGAGACCAGGAAGGAUACAAUAAAGCCCGCGAUUGGGUACAAACACUUCGAUGGGACGAUAAAAGCGGCAAAUUCAGCGUUUUUGAGACGACAAUCCGUACACUAGGUGGAUUGCUGAGUGCGCAUGCAUUAUGUACGCCCGGACAAGAGGAUUCUCUAUCGAUACGAACGAGCAAGCUAUGUUCUGCAGAUGAUGCUACAAUGUUUUUGACCAAAGCUGCCGAUUUGGCAAUGCGAUUGAAACCAGCAUUUGAAUCAAAUCGUAUGGGUUUACCAGAAAGGGAAGUAGAUUUCCGAACUGGAGAAGUGUUCUCAGAUAUCGACAAUAACAACUUGACCAGUCUGGCUGAAUUGGCUACUAUUCAACUCGAAUUCAAAUUCUUGGCACAUGCGACAGGCGAUUCACAGUGGUGGAAACUUGCCGAAAGACCGAUUGAUGUCGUACGUCAAGCGUCUUUCACUUCCAACUCGGAUGGUUUGAUGCCAAUCUUCUUCAAUCCUCAAAUUGGAAGACCGCAAAUGUCAGAAAUUCGAUUAGGCUCACGCGGAGAUUCAUAUUACGAAUAUCUCAUCAAACAAUUCGUUCAAACGAAUAGAACGGAAACAGUCUAUUUGGAUAUGUAUCAACAAGCAAUGAGAGGAGUGAAGAAACAUCUUUUGCGUCGAUCAGAAAGUGGCAAGUUUGUUCAUACGAUAGAAAUACAACCAUUCAUGAAUUACCAAACACGCAAGCCUGGUUUCCGAUUAAAUCCUAAACAAGAUCAUCUGGUUUGCUUUCUGGGUGGAAGCUUUAUGCUGGGAGCAUUGCACGUACAACAAUCUUUACCUUUCACUGAACAAACGGUUCUGCCAUACCCUCCAACAUCCUCAGACUCUUUCUCAAACUUAGCUCGUGAGGAUUGGUCAAUAGGACACGAAUUGAUAAAAACAUGCAUGGAAACGUAUACAAGUACAAAAACUGGACUUUCACCAGAGAUUGCAAUGUUUCGUAUACAGAACGACAACUAUCCAGGAUCAGAAGUAGAUUGGUAUAUCAAAAAGCCAGCGGACUAUUACAAAGCACAUCUCAAAGUCAAAAAUAAACCUCCUCCCACUCCAUUGAUCGAUGCAAGAAAUAUUUUACGACCUGAAACUGUUGAAUCUUUGUUCAUUGCUUUCCACUUAACGGGAGAUCAACAAUAUCGUGAAUGGGGUUGGGAGAUCUUCCAAGCAUUUGAACGUCAUACCCGUUUACCCAAAAACAAAGAUGGCAGAAGACCUGCAUUCGCAAGUAUACGAGAUGUUGAUGCUAUUCCAGUCGAAUUUGAAGAUCGAAUGGAAACUUUUUGGCUAGCAGAAACACUCAAGUAUCUAUACCUUCUCUUUGAUGAUCAAAAUGGUUUGAGAUUAGAUCAAUGGGUUCUCAACACAGAAGCACAUCCAUUACCAAUCUUUACGCCUACAUUUGACACCAAUGUACUGUAGUCAGUGAGAAUGAAAAUAUUAUUGAAAUU